AUGAUCGACGUAGCUUCAGGAGGUACAUUUAUGAAUAAAUAUGAGGAUGAAGCAAUAGAAUUGAUUGAAACAUUAGCCAAGAACAGCGCACACCAUUAUGCUCUAAAUCAAAAUGGUAGGUUUACGGGACCUAGGAAAAGAGGUAUUCAUGAUUUGAAAAAUGUAGAAACUGGUUUAUCAAUUGACAAAGUGGAGAAACUAACCAAGUGUGUGCAGGGGUUGAUGCAAAAGUCUUCAGCAACAGGUUUUGACCACCAACAACUGAAAACAAAUCAAGAUAUGGUGGACUGUGUAUUAUGCUUAAGUUAUGAACAUGUGAAGGUCGACUGCCCAAAGUAUGAUCAGGUGAUGGGAGUCAAUCAAUUCCAUUCUAACCAUGCAGGAAAUGGAUGGCAAAGACAAGGGUCAAAUCAGAAUUAAAGCAGAAAUUUCAAGAAUAAUCAAAUAGAUAUGAAUCAAAAUUCUGGCUGGAGAAGAAAUCAGGAUAAUGAACAAUGGCUUAAUCAUUUUAAUUAUUCACAGAAUUCAUCUAUGCAGAGGAUGAAUAAUUCUAGCUAUGAUUCCCUUAUGCCUAACCAUCAGAUUCAGCAACCUAUAGGAUUUAAUGAUUUAUCUACACAGGAAUUAUUGAAGCAAAUAUUGCAGGAACAAAGGGAACUACGACAGGAAAUGGAGCAUAUGAAGUUCCAAAUUGAAGGCUGAUACCAAUCUGAUCAAAUCAGAUCAGAUAAGCAUCUUGGCAAGAGGAUAGAAGUGGGUAAUAGCAAUAGAGAAUUAGGACAAUUACCCACGCAACCAGAUGCUAAUCCAAGAAAUACUGGAGGACCAUCAAAUCAACGCCAAGUGCACCAAGUUGAACUUAGAGACCAGAACCGUGGAAACACUCAAUGCAGUCUCCAAAUUGAGAAAUGGUAAGGUACUUUCAGAUCCAUAUCAUGCUGCUGCAGGUGAAGCAGAGGAUGAGGAGGAAGAAAUGAAAGCAUCGGAUGAGGUGAUUUUGACAAAGAAUAAGGGUAAAAACAAGGAAGGUAUGGAACCCAACCCUUCCAUUUCUACACCCCUGAUUCUAUUUCCUGAAGCCUUAUGUGAUGUUAAACUAAAAAGUGCUGAUUCUGAUGAGAAAUCCUUGAAAUUUUUAAACAAGUAACAAUCAAUAUACCAUUAGUUGAUGCCAUUCAACACAUUGUCUUAUGCAAAAAAUUUAAAGAAUUUAUGCACUCCAGUAACGAAGCAAAAGAGAAUUCAAUUGUCUGAAAUAAUUAGCUCAAUUUUGCUGAAUCAUAUUCUGACAAAGAAGCAUGAUCCAGGUGCUCCACUAAUCAAAUGCGAGAUCCAAGGUAUGGUUUUCAUACGUUCAUUACUUGAUUCAGGAGCUAGUGUGAAUAUUUUACCCAAGGCUUUGUAUGAUUUAAAUAAAAUUGGUGAUUUACAACCCCUCUUCGUAGAAUUGCAGCUAGCGGAUGGAUUAAUCCGCUAGCCAUAUGGAAUAGUAGAGGAUGUAAUUGUGAAGAUAGAAAACUUUUAUUUUCCUGCUGAUUUUAUUAUUGCAGAUAUGAAGAUCAUUGGAGAACACAACCCAUGCUCCAAUAAUCCUUGGAAGGCCAUUCUUAGCCACAGCUAA